UUGGGUGAUCAAGGGUUCAAUUCUUCUUGUUAUUUUGCAGAACGCCUGCUCAUUCACGAAGGAGAAGGUUCGUUGUUGUCCGUGUUGAAGCGGCGGAAAUGGGCGGUUUCUUUGUUUGCUAAUCCGGAGCGUUUAGCAAAAGGAAUCAGUAUUUUUUCAAUCAGAGUUACUCUCAGCGCUGAUGGUCUCAGUCACAUUGAGGAAGUGAUCAGCCUGGUAUUCAACUACAUUGGGCUAUUUAGACGUAGUGGAGUAAUCGCCUGGUUCCACGAAGAACUUCGGAAAAUAAGCGAAAUUGAAUUUCGCUUCAUGGAGAAAGACGAUCCAUUAAAAGCUGCAAAAACACUUUCCUCUUCUUUGCAACGUAUUCCUUUCCAAGACGUCCUUUCGUGUAACGUUCUGACGGAGUGCAAACCUGAUCGAAUUAUGAACGUUUUCAAGAUGUUGUCUCCUAAGCAAAUGUUCUACAUUGUAACUGCUAGGAAGUUCAGUGGUCAGGAGGGCAAUAUUCAUGAACCAAUCUAUGGAACGGAAAUGCGGGUCAUAGAUAUAGAUGAGGUGGGUGUUUGCGUAGGUAAUGCAUUCACGAAAUGUUAG